AUGAAUUUCGAAGGAAGAACUCUAGGCAAGAGGUCUAACGUUCACCCCCUGUAUAUUGCCGUGAACGAAUAUUCUAAACGAAUGGAGGACGAACUCAAUAUGAAACCAGGUGACAAGAUUGAAGUCAUUACAGAUGAUGGGGAGUACAAUGAUGGUUGGUAUUACGGGCGGAAUUUAAGAACCAAAGAAGAAGGUCUGUACCCAGCAGUAUUCACCAAGAAGACAACUCUGAACAAACCUGAAAGUUUGCGUAAGACACGAACUCAAGAGAGUGGCAAUGCAAGUGGCAACGCGAUUAACAAUUACGGAACUUCGAAUGGAUACACCAAUAAACUAAGUAAGCUUCCCUCACAACAACAGGAAAAUAGGUACACUUCAUUGAAAAGUACUAUGAGCGAUAUAGAUAAAGCCUUGGAAGAGCUAAGAAGUGAUUCAAUUGAACUAGAAACAAAAACAUCACCCAUCAAGCUACCUGAACUAAAUGCUAUGGUUAUGCCAGAUGAAGAAACUUUAAUUCUAGAGAAACCUCAAAACGUGGGAAACACAACACAUGACUCUGUCUUUUCGAGUACGGCAGAUUUGAAUCUAAGCUCUGAAUCUCUAAAGGACACAAGCAAAUCGGUUAUAUCUACGAAAUCUUUAGAGGCAAGUUCAAGUUCCACUAACCCGUUAGACCCUAAAAUGGCAAAAACUUGGACACCAGAAGAGGUUACUGAUUAUUUUAUUAUGGUAGGAUUCGAUCAUACCAAUUCCAAUAAGUUUAAGGAACAUCAAAUUUCUGGGAAAAUACUAUUGGAAUUAGAAUUGGAACAUUUGAAGGAACUAGACAUAAAUUCCUUUGGUAUAAGGUUUGAAAUAUUCAAAGAAGUUGGCAACAUCAAAUCUGCAAUUAAUUCGUCGUCAAAUGAGGUGCACAACAGCUACAUCCCUUUUGCUCUUGACAAAGAAACUACUAAACUAAUGCCUGCAGCUACUGUAAAUAGGGAAGAAAUUCAGCAACCAAUCUCCUCUAAGUUUGACACCAACAGGCUACCAAACGUAAAUUUCAAUAGAAGAUCAUCUUCAAAUACAACAGAGCCUCAAAGACCAAGCUCCGUUGUUGUAAAUCCAAAUUUUAAACUCCAAGACUCCAAUGAACAAGUUUUAGAUAUAACACAGGUUCCUGAUGUGUUUACUGACAAAGAUAUUUUUGAAUCUCCAGGGAGAGCUCCAAAACCGCCAUCGUACCCGAGCCCCGUUCAGCCGCCUCAGUCACCAUCUUUAAAUAAUAGGUACAUGAACAACAAUGCCAGGUUCCCUCCUCAACCAGCAACAUCAUCUCGAAACAGAAAUUCAGUCGUUUAUUCAAAUGCGGCAAUUCCUAACUCUUCCACAUCUUCAGAUAAUUCAACAAAUAAGUUCAAAUUUCCUGUUAUGAAUGGUCAUGAUUCGAACUCCAGGAACACAACUUUGACAUCUGCCACUAUACCUUCUUUUAAUACAGUCAAUACCGAUGAUUCUCUUCCAACAAUUUCAAAUAUCUCUUCAAAUGCGACGUCCCACCACCCAAACAGAAAUUCUGUCGUGUACAAUAGCCACAAGAGAACAGAAUCUGGGAGCUCAUUUGUCGAUUUGUUUAAUAGAAUUUCAAUGCUGUCACCAGUAAAAACAGAUUUUGACGAAGAAGAAACAAAACCAGCUUCAAAGUCUAAUAAAACUGUAUUCGACUCGACACUCAGGAAACCAUCUCUUGCACAUUCAACAGAUCCAUCACUUUCGGAACUAAAAAAACAUAGAAGAAACUCGUCGAUAUUAUCCUUUUUCUCUUUAAAGAGUCAAUCGAAUCCAACGUCGCCAACAAAACAAUCUUUUACCGUCUAUCCUUCUAAGAUGACAUCCCAUUCUCGCUCUCAGUCAAAUUCCUAUUCACAUGCAAGAUCCCAAUCCUACUCUCACAGUAGAAAACACUCUUUGGUUGCUAGUCCUUUGAAAACUUCAUUAAGCCCUAUAAACUCAAAAUCUAACAUUGCCUUAGCAAAGAAAGAAAGUAAUAAUAGCAGCGAGAAUAAAAAGGAGGAAAUUGUCCAACCGCCUGAAAGCAAACAUAAACAUAAACAUAAACACAGGAGUAAGCAUAAGCAUAAUACUUCCAAAAGUAGUGCCUCCGAAGAAAAGGGUCGAAAGAAACUUUUUUCUAGCUCAAAAGAGUCUUCAGCUGGAAGCAAAGAAUCAAAAAGAUCUCCUAGUGAACUCUCUCAAAAACCUACCAAGUCGAUACUUCCCAGGUCUAAUGCCAAAAAACAACAAACGUCUGCUUUCACUGAAGGUAUACGUUCCAUCACUGCGAAGGAAUCUAUGCAAAAGGCAGAUUGUUCAGGCUGGAUGAGUAAAAAAGGUUCCGGUGCUAUGGGGACAUGGAAGCAAAGGUUUUUUACUCUUCAUGGAACAAGGCUUUCUUAUUUCACAAAUACCAAUGAUGAAAAGGAGCGUGGUUUGAUAGACAUUACUGCACAUAGAGUUUUGCCCGCCAGGGAUGAUGAUAGACUAAUUUCCUUAUAUGCUGCAAGCUUAGGAAAGGGCAAGUAUUGCUUCAAAUUGGUCCCGCCACAACCAGGAUCUAAAAAGGGGCUAACCUUUACAGAACCUCGCGUUCACUAUUUUGCAGUGGAAAAUAAAUCUGAUAUGAAGGAAUGGUUAUCAGCUAUAAUAAAAGCUACUAUUGAUAUUGAUACUAGCGUCCCUGUUAUAAGUUCAUAUGCCACGCCGACGAUAUCUUUGAGCAAAGCGCAAACGCUACUGGAAGAGGCGAGAUUACAGACUCAAUUAAGAGACGCUGAGGAAGAAGAGGGGAGAGAUCAAUUUGUAUGGGAUGAAACAGAAAAUAGAAGAAAUCCAAAAUAUCCAACUGAUCAAGAAGAAUUUGUAAAUCCUCAAGACUAUACAGAGAGUACUGAAUUUGAGUACCCAGGUGGGAGAUUUUGA